AUGUUCUUCCAAAAAGGUCUUCUGGCAAGCGCCCUCGCUCUAUGUGCCAUCUCUGCGCCUUUGCCAGAAUGCGACGAACCACGAUCUUCCACCCUCAGCGUAGCACAACAACUCAAAGCUCCAACACCUCCACCACCAGGAACUCUGACUGCCGAAAAACUCAUUCAAAUUGCACCGGCCACAGCAUCAUGUAGCGGCGGUGACUUUGCAGCCGAAUGCGCAGACGCAACCCGCGCUACAGCCGCCAUCAACAAAGCCUUCUCCACCUACAAGAUCACCGAAAAAGGUGAGAAAGCCGCACUCGUCGCAUACAUGCUCUUUGAGAGCGGAAACUUCAAGUACAACCGCAACCACUUCCCCGCGCCCGGACGUCCUGGCCAGGGAACCCGUAUGAUGGCUUCCAAAUACGCCACCGCCGUAGCCGGCGCCACGGCCGUCGGAGCCGCAGAAGCGCAAGGCCCUGACGCCGUUCUCUCCCUGGUUAAUGACGACGACGAGAAGAGCUUCGGCAGCGCGCCGUGGUUCUUGACCGCGACGUGCUCGCCUGAAGUCCGCGCCGGCCUUGUCGCUGAGACGACGGAGGGAUGGCACAACUUCUUGACGGAGUGCGUUGGAACGACUGCGGCGCCUGAGCGUGAUGCGCCUUGGAUUGCGGCGAAGCAGGUUAUCAAUGGAUAG